AUGGAAGCGACGUGGGUGAGCGCGAAGGACGUGGCCGUGCUCGUGGAGCGCACGGUGCCGUUCUUCUACCACGACCGCGCGCGAUUUUUCCCGUUCAUUAGCGACAAGUACCUGUCACUGGCGAUGCCGGUGCUGGUGUACUGGGGCACCUGCCUCUGGUACCACGCGCUCGAUGUGUGGCGGCCGGCGUGGUCGGAAAAGUACCGGCUGCACCCGCCGGCGGAGGUGGUGAAGCGGAACCGCGUGAGCAUGCAGCGCGUGAUUGUGAUGGUGAUUGUGCAGCACCUGAUUCAGACGCUGCUGGGCGUGCUGCUCAUGGAGGACACGCCGCACUCGGUGCUUACCGGCACGCGCACUGACGUCGAUCCGGUGCGCGACGUGACGCACAUACUGUCGUGGCUGCGCGAGGCCCAUGCGUACGUGCAGGUGCAGGACGUGUUCCUCGUGCGCGCGGCGAUCGCGCUGUACUGGUGGGGCGUGCCGUGGCUGCAGUUCUGGUUUGCGUGCUUUCUUAUGGACGCGUGGCAGUACGCGCUGCACCGCACGAUGCACGAGGUGCGCUUCCUGUACCGGCUCAUGCACUCGCACCACCACCGGCUGUAUGUGCCGUACGCCUUUGGGGCGCUGUACAACCACCCCCUCGAGGGCAUGCUCCUCGACACGCUGGGCGCCGAGAUGGCGCGGCUGUGCAGCCGCAUGACGCUGCGGCAGACGGUCGUCUUCUUCACGCUGUCCACGUUCAAGACCGUGUGCGACCACUGCGGGUAUGCGUUCCCGUGGUAUCUGAACCCGGUGCAGCUGCUGUUCCCGAACAACGCCGAGUACCACGACGUGCACCACCAGAGCCAGGGGCUGCGCUACAACUACUCGCAGCCCUUCUUUGUGCACUUUGACACGCUGCUGGGCACGCGCGUCGACCCUGCCGACUUUGCGCGCCGGCUCGAGAAGAAGGGCGCGCGCGUCAAGCCGGGCGCCGACGAGAACGAUGCGCCUGUGCCGAUGCCGGCGCCGCCGCUCCACUCGCCGUAUACGACGGCGACGGUGUGGUCGACGGCGCUCUUCUUCGGCAUCCUCGCGGUGCCUGUCGCGACAUAUUCGCUCCUGUAG